AUGAAUUUCUAUUCCUUUAUUUUAUUGGCAGUAGAAGCAGAGGCAAAACUAGAAGAGAUUAGGAUGUCGCUAGCAAGCAUAGAUAGUUUUGAAUCACACACAAGUAAUAAUUAACUUAACAUUAGCUUACAAUCGAUUAGAUUAACCUAGAAUUUCAGGAUUAAAACCUGAGAAUAUUUUUGAAUUUUUAUGUGAUAAUGAUAUUGAAGUAACACAAGAUCAACUUGAUUACAUAUUCAGAGUUUUAGAUGAAGAUUCUGAUAAAAUAAUAACCUACCGGGAGUAUACUUUUCACCGAAAUAAUUAGCUUUAAGAGUGCUAUAUUGCCUAAAAGGAAUGCUUAAUUGAGAGAAUAAGCCUAAAAUCAUAAAGGCUAUGAUCUUCCUGUUGAUAUGCUAUUACCAAAAGAAAUUGAAACAUUAUUAUCAUAAUUCAUGAAUUAGUUAAAAGAAAAUUAUUUGUAAAUGAUAGAAUUAAAUCUUAGGCUAUAUUAGGAAAUACAAGAAAAAAUUGAAUUGAACUAAUUGAAUAUUUGUGAUAAUAAUAAUUAAAUUACAGUAGAUUCUUUGUAGGAAUGGUUAUAAUAGUUGGAAAAAAACAUUAGUGAAGAAGUUCUAUAGAAUUUUGUUGAUAUUAUAUAAGGAUAGCCAUAAAAGCUAAAAAUUCUAUUGGAUUAAAUUUACACAGAGAACGAAGAGGAUUAAGAUUAUAAUGAUGAGUAAGAAGAAGAAGAAAAUGAUAAUGAUAAUGAAGAAGAAAUAGAAGUAGAAAAUGAUAAUUAAGAAAAAUAAUAAGAAGAUGUAGAGUAAAUCUAACAGGAACAAAAAUUAGAAUAAGCCUAAUAAAAUAAUGCAAAGGAUGAUUAAGAUGGGAAGGAUAGUGUACAAAAUAAUCAACAAGUUGUCUAAUCUUAAGUAUUAAAUCAUAAUAAUAUGGAUAAUUAACAUUUAUAUAAUUACUCAGAUGAUGACAUCGAGUUUGAAAUUUAUUAUUUAAAGAAAAAAAUUUAUUCAUUAGAAUUACUAUUAGGGAUAGUACCAUAAUCAAUUCAUAGGUCUUAUGUAGGAUAUUUUUAUGAGUAAUAAAAUAGAGAAAUAUAAUACUAUUCAAGAGUGAGUCACCCAGGAAAAUUUAUUGAAUCCCCUUCAUUCGAUAGCGAUUAUUUAUUAAGAGAGAAAUUAUGGCUAGAUUAAUAAAUAAAAAAUGAAGAGUUAAAACAAUAAUUAUUAUUAAUUUAGUUGAAAAAUGAUAUAAAAGUAAGUAGUUCUGGUCUUUUUACAGAUAAAUAUUAGAGGUAUUCAUCGGCUAGUCGAAUAUCUCAAAGCCCUCUCAAUUAUUCAAAAUCGUAUCUUGAUUAUUCUGGACAGAAAGUAAGAUUUAAGAAAUAUUAUUUAUAGUAUAGUGCCAGUUCUAAAAAAUCAUUCAUAGAAAUAUCUUUUUAGAGAUCAUUAAAUUAUAGCAAUAGAAAAUUUUGA